AUGCCAAAGAAAUUCGCUACCGAAAAUACCAAGGCUGCUUCUGCCAGGGCCAGAAAAGCAGCUGCUAAAGAAGUGGAGGAAUCAAGAAAAAAACAAGCUGUGGAAGAUGCUCUUUGGGUAGAAAAUGAUAAACAUAUUUUGAAAAAACAGCAAAGGAAGGAAGAAAAUCUAAAGAAAAAAGAGGAACAGCAAAGAAAAAAAGCAGAAGCCAAAGCUCUUCUUGAAACUGAAAUGAGCGGUGCUAACUCCAAGACUCCAGUAGCAACAAAAGUUACUAGAGCUCAAAUCAUAUCAGAUGUUGAAAAAAGAAAUACUCCUGCAUCUUCAACACCUAAAAUUGAAACACAUCUUACAAAACCAUUAGAAGAAAAUAUCAAUCGAGUUGUUGUUGAGGGCGAGGAAGCUAGAUCUAUUACUGAAGCUAUUGCCAUAUUAAGUGUCAAUUCACCACAGGAAGACAAACAUCCAGAACGAAGAUUGAAGGCUGCCUAUGCUGCUUUUGAGGAAAGCAAUAUGCCAAGAAUUAAACUAGAAAAUCCUACCUUAAGACUUUCUCAAUUAAAACAGGUUUUAAGAAAAGAAUGGAUGAAAUCUCCUGAGAAUCCAAUCAAUCAACAUCUGUUAUAA